AUCGGGAGGAAACAGCAGCUGAAGAAAUUUAUGUUUCGAAGAUUUUAGAGAAUGGACCAGCUGACUGCGCAGGUGGCCUGGAGAUUAUGGACAAGAUCAUGGAGGUCAAUGGGAAGGAUCUGUCCAAGGCCACCCAUGAGGAGGCGGUGGAAGCUUUCCGCAAUGCCAAGGAGCCCAUCGUGGUGCAGGUGCUGCGACGCACGCCCAUCAACAGGCCGCUUUACGCAGCAGGCCCCGACGUGCGGCUGGUACACGCCAGCACCCAGACGGACAUCACCUUCGAACACAUCAUGGCCCUGGCCAAGCUGCGGCCCCCCACCCCGCCAGUGCCAGACGUCUGUCCCUUUCUGCUCUCGGACAGCUGCCAGUCUCUGCAUCCGCUGGAGCACGGAUGCUGCGGGGACCACGAGUGCCUGUGCAGCCUGCCCACCGAUGCUGACCGCACGGAGGACUUGGAGUGUGAGGUGGUGGAGCUGUGCCGUGUUAGCAGUCAGGAGAAGCUGGGGCUCACGGUCUGCUACCGCACGGACGACGAGGACGACGCGGGCAUCUAUGUCAGUGAGGUGGACCCAAACAGUAUUGCUGCCAGAGAUGGCCGGAUCCGAGAAGGUGAUCGCAUUCUGCAGAUAAAUGGGGAAGAUGUCCAGAACCGUGAGGAGGCCGUGGCACUGCUGUCCAGCGAGGAGUGCAAGACGGUCGUGCUGCUGGUGGCAAGGCCGGACAUCCAGCUGGAUGAAGGCUGGCUGGAAGAUGAAAGGAAUGAAUUCUUAGAGGAGUUAAACUUGGAAAUGUUGGAAGAACAGCAUAAUGAAGCAACACAGCACACCGCCAAGGAGGCAGAGCAGCCGAAGAAGCAAGAGGAGGAGGAAGGUACCACGGACACAGCGACGUCGUCGUCCAACCCCCACGAGAAGGACAGCGGGAUGGGCCGCACGGACGAGAGUCUGCGCAAUGACGAGAGCUCGGAGCCGGAGAACGCAGCUGAGGAGCGUCGUGGUGGCGGGGGCAGCACGAGCUUGGCCAUCCGGAGGGAGCUGGGGCAGAGCUGGGACACCCUGGGCAGCGUGCAGCUGCAGCUGCACCAGAGCUGCGUGGGCCAGCACCGCGAGGACACCGCUGAGGAGUGCGAACGCUUCCGGCAGCUGCUGGAGCUCAAGUGCAAGAUCCGGCAGCGUGGCCAGUACGACCUAUACUACUCGCGCAGCACCCUCGGGUGCCCGGCCAGUGAGACCCCGCAGCAGGGUGUGGAGCACGAGCUGCGGCUGCUCAACGAGGAGCUGAGGAGCAUCGAGCUCGAGUGCCAGAGCAUCAUGCAGGCGCACCGGCUGCAGAGGGCUGCAGGCCAGGGCGGCGACAGCUGGGCCCUGCCCGACGGAGGCUUCCGCAACUACAACACGAGUGUGGAUGCUCGGCGAGGCCAGCUGGGCGACAUCCUGGAGCACCCGGAGAAGUCCGAUAAGGACAGCUCCAGCGCCUACAACACGGCAGAGAGCUGCAGGAGCACCCCGCUCACCGUGGACCGCUCCCCGGACAGCUCGCUGCCACGCGUCAUCACCCUGGCCAACAAGAAGAACCUGCGGAUGAGCGCCGCUGCCACCAACCAGGGCAGUAAAGAGGCGGCAGGCAGCAAGGCCAGAAGCAGCGACCCCUGCGAUGCUGUGGAAGGCCGGGAGAAGGUUCCGGAGAGUAGCAGGCCCGCAGAUCAGGAGCAGGCUCUGUGCCAGCGCGUCCCCUACCUUUCCCCUUACCACAGCUCCGCCUCCCGCGUGGCACACAUCCCUGCGCACGCCCAGCACUAUCAGAGCUACAUGCAGCUGAUCCAGCAGAAGUCCGCUGUGGAGUAUGCCCAGAGCCAGCUCAGCCUGGUGAGCGUGUGCAAGGAGGCGCCGCCCCGGGGAGCGGAACCCAAGAUGGAGUGGAAGGUGAAGGUGCGGAGCGAUGGCACGCGCUACAUCACCAAGAGGCCCGUGCGCGACCGCAUCCUGCGAGAGCGUGCCCUGAAGAUCAAGGAGGAGCGCAGCGGCAUGACCACGGACGAUGACACCAUGAGCGAGCUCAAGAUGGGGCGCUACUGGAGCAAGGAGGAGCGCAAGCAGCACUUGGUGCGCGCCAAGGAGCAGCGCCGGCGCCGCGAGUUCAUGCUGCGCAGCCGCCUCGAGUGCCUGCGCGAGAACCCGCAGAGCGGCAGCGAGGCCAAGAGGGAGGUGAGCAUCCUGGAGCUGAGCCACAAGAAGAUGAUGAGGAAGCGGAACAAGAAGAUCCUGGACAACUGGAUGACGAUCCAAGAGCUGAUGACGCACGGGGCCAAGUCCCCUGACGGCACCCGCGUCCACAAUGCCUUCCUGUCGGUCACCACUGUAUGACCGGUCACCGCUGGGAGCCACCAAACUAGCGAGGGUGCUGCCGCCCUCGGUUACUGUUCGAUUGCCUCGUUCAAUGUGGCAUUUUUGAAUAUAUAUUUUGCGACUUUCUGGGUUAAAUUUUUUGUAAGCAGAAAUACCUGAUAAUUUUUCAUUUGUUUUUCAUAUGCCGGCAUCUUCUCUUUGGCUGAGAUCUUUCUUUAACUUGUGAUAUAUUCCUACUACUCGUUUAUAUAUUUAAAAAUACGAAAUAAAAGGAAAUAAUAAAAAAUACUAAGGAGCCAACUAAUUUCCUACGUCUAUGUAUUUAUGGUAAGUUAAAAAUCUGGAUUUAUUUCUCUAGGUUACUUAUUUUUUACUCUAGUAACAACUCCGAGUCAGAACAUGGCUGAGCUUCUUGGCAUA